AAAAAGAGGAAGUUAUCAUAAAUGGAGAAGAUGAAAAAGAACGGAAAGACCCCUAUUUUGUGGAAACACCUUACGGCUACCAGCUCGACUUGGAUUUUCUGAAGUACGUGGAUGAUAUACAAAAGGGGAAUACCAUUAAGAAACUGAACAUCCGAAAGAAGAGGAAAGCCGUGCCAGCCUCGGCGGGUACCAAGAACUCUGGUGGCCAGUGCAGUGGCUGGACCUCCACAGAGUCUCUCUCUUCGUCCAACAGUGAUGAGAACAAGCAGUCUUGUCUGGCAGCGAGGAGUCAAGUAGCCUCAUCCAUUGCUGCGAGACCUUCGGUUUCCUUUGAAGCAUCUCCUUCCUACUUAACUGUCCCUGAGACCAGGCAGCUUCCUCCUCCCUCCCCGCAGCCUCCUCGGCACAACCUCCAUGUAACAAAAACCCUCAUGGAAACGCGGAGGCGACUCGAGCAGGAGAGGAUGAUGCAGGUCACACCUGGAGAUGUCCGCAGGCCCCGGCUUUCCAGCUUUGGAGGCAUGGGCUCCACCAGCUCCCUCCCCUCUUUCGUGGGAUCCAGCGGGUACGGUCACAUGUCUCAGCAGCUGCAGAACGGGUAUCAGGGGAACGGCGACUACGGUGCCUGCUUCAGCCCCUCCUUGGGCAGUUCCAUUCGUCACAGCCCCAUGAGCUCGGGGAUAUCCACACCGGUCACCAACGUGAGCCCGGUGCAUCUGCAGCACAUCAGGGAGCAAAUGGCCGUUGCCCUCAAGCGUCUCAAGGAGCUCGAGGAGCAAGUCAAGACCAUUCCCGUGCUGCAGGUCAAAAUUUCAGUGUUACAGGAGGAGAAGAGGCACAUGAUGGCUGAACUCAAAAACCAGAGGAAAGCCACUCAAAAUGACACGUACGGUUUCAGAAAGCGAUCCUACAGUGCGGGAAACGCAGAGCAGUGGGAACACAUGUCUCAGGUGAGAAGAGGCGGGGAACUGUAUAUAGAUUGUGAGGAAGAGGUGGAGAGCGUGGAGCAGAGCUCUCAGAGGAUAGAGGAGUUCAGGCAGCUGACUGCUGAGAUGCAAGCCCUGGAGAAAAAAAUCCAGGAUAGCAACUAUGACAGUCCAGCAAACCUCCGGGUAAACAGAGAAAGCCUGACAAAAGAAACCAGAUCUGUUGCUGUAGGUGCUGAUGAGAACAUGAACGAUGUGAUUAUAUACAACAGAUCUGCAAGGCAACACAGAGAAGUAGCUGUGGGGACGGAGAAAGAAGUGAGAGAGGCUGGGGUUGGGGUGACAGAAGCCAUGCUUGGCUUGUCUACGGAGGUUGAGAAGGAGAUAGAGCUUCAGCAGCAGACCAUCGAAGCCCUUAAGGAGAAGAUUUACAGGCUAGAGGUUCAGUUAAAGGAAACAACCCAUGACAGGGAAAUGACCAAAUUAAAACAGGAGCUGCAGGCGGCUGGUUCUAGGAAAAAAGUGGAUAAAGCCGUGAUGGCUCAGCCCCAUGUCAUCAGCAGGAUGGUGGAGGCUGUCGUGCAAAUGAGAGACCAAAUGGUGGGAGACCACGUGGAUGUUGCCGAUUCGUCGGUGGGAAACCACCUGCAGACGAGCAGCGUCGGCACCUCCUGCAGACCUGCGGUGCAGAGCGCGGCGGCAGGCCCCGAGCUGCUGAUGAGCCGGUGGCUG